CAAUUAGUUGUCAACAAAUUCAAAUUAAACCGUUCUUACCUUUUGCAAAGUCUCAUUGAUGUUUCUAUACUCCGCGCCUCUGGCCUUCAGGUAACGCAGCUGGCAAAUUUCGCACACCCCGCACGACCUUAAAUAUUCCACCAAAUCCUGGUUUUUCAUAGCUUCUCGUGUAAUUAAAAUUAUAAACAAAACGUGGAAGCGGUUCGCGCGCUAACCAACACUAUCAGCUGUCGAAUCUCGAAAAAAACGAUACCCGAUAUCAGAAAUCGAUGACAGUCUUGUUUUUGUGCUGGAAUUAAGGCAAUAUAAGACAAUUCCUUGGGUAUUGCCAACAAUUUAAGGUGUGUGAUCAGGAUAUACUCUACUUAACGUUGUAGAGAAUACAUUGAAAUUCUUGGGGGCCAGAGACUGCUAACGGCUUGAAGGCUUAAACCCCUUGUUUAUUGUUACGUCACAGUGUGUGUGCUUCGCUCCACAGACAAAAUGUCGCUUACCCCCUUUCUACGCCUGCCCUUAACCGAUCUGACCGGGUGCCUAAUUAACCACCAGACCUACGACAAGUGCGGAAAAUUCGAGAUGAAAAUGAUGGAGUGCUUCGAGGCCUAUGGCCUGGAGCGUGGAAAACGGGAGUGCGCCGACCUGAUCUCCGACUUUCAGGAGUGCGUCGGCAUGCAGAAGCAACUGAUGCGCUUCCAUGCAAUGCGAAACGAACGCUACAAGCAGUGGCUCAAGGGGGAGCGUAAGGGACAAGAAUUUUUUGCGGAUCCCCCACGCGUUGAUGCCUACUAGACGGAGACCCGUUUUUCUUGGUUAGUUUCACAUUGUAAAACUGCAAAUUGUGUAAAAAUAAAAUGAGAAACAAUUCUGGU